AUGCCUGGCAAGACUUCCUCCAGUCUGCCCUUUGGCGAGUCCGUCGCCCUCUCCUCCAUCUCCGGCCCGACCUACGUGACCGCCCAGUUGCUUGUCCAGCAGAUUGCCUAUAAGCUGUCCGAUAAGGUCUACUCCUUCUCGCCCGAGACCUUUGACUUGGAUCUUGCCGCCAAGGAGUGGGCUGCUAACGGCGAUAACAACGUCCACGGCUACGCUCCCUCUGUCCUGCCUCUGCAGACCAGAGUCGGUGCCGGUGCCCUCGCCCUCGGUUACAUCUUCUCUCCCGAUUUUGACGUUACCAAGCGCCAUAUCCCUCAGACUCUGCUCGCUCCCUCCGGCAGCCUGCAGCAGCUGCGUACCACUCUCGACCAGGUCUCGCUUCUCUACAGCGUCUCGAGCCCUGUUGUUGCUCACAUCGCCGCCGCCGACUACACUGUCACCCAUGGCCUCGUCUCCGACUACGAUGUUGCCCUGAGACUUGCCGAGGAUGUUGGCCUCAGCCUCAUCUCCAGCUCCUCCACCUACGAAGCCCAGCACAUGUCGCUCUUUGCCACAUUGCUUGCCUCUGUCGCUCCCGCUCUUCACAUCUACGAUGGCGUCCGCGUUGGCCGCGAGACCCUGCGUGUCGUUGAUGCCUUGGGUGAGAAGUCCGUCGCCGACAUCUACACAAAGUUGUCUGCUGAGGUUGCUAAGCUCAACCCCCGUCUUGAUACUGCCGGCAAGGUCCUUGAGCUCUUCAAGCUCUUCAACGAUGAGCUCGGUACCGUCUACGCUCCCUUUGAAUACCACGGCCACGAGACCCCCGAUGUUGUCCUCGUUGCCUUUGGCAGCGCUGAGACCCAGGUUGCCAAGCAGGUCCUGACCAAGAUUGCUGGCGAGGGCGCCAAGGUUGGUGUUGUCAACGUCCGUGUCUACCGCCCUUUCAUCGAGGAGGCCUUCAUUGCUGCUAACCCCGCCUCUGCCAGAACAAUUACUGUUCUUGGCCAGGUUGCCGACAGCGGUCGUGAGGAUGAGGCUACCCAGUCUGCUCUCUACGGCGAUGUCCUGACCGCCGUCACCUUCAGCGGCAAGUUUGAGGAAGAGCCUGAGGUCAUCGAUAUCAAGUACGGCACUUCCCAGACCCUCACUCCCCAGGGUCUCGUCAACGCCCUUCACAAGGUCUUUGGCAACGACGGCGAAGCCAAGGCUCUUCCCUCUCUCGUUGCCGCCGAACAGUACACUUUCUGGGACGUCGACACCUCUGCUGCCGUAGCCUCUCCUGCUGCCCUCGGCAAGGUUUUGGCCAAGGACUCCAAGUCCAACGUGUUUGUUCGUGACUCCUACGACAACCUGACCCAAGGUGGCCUCGUCCGCACUGAUAUCCGCGUCGCCAGCAAGGCCAUUGAAGCUGCCUACGACAUCAACGAUGCCGAUGUCAUUGUCGUCGGUGAUGACAAGGUCCUCAAGUCCGUUGAUGUGCUCCACGGUCUCGCCAAUGAGGGUAAGGUUGUUCUCAAGCUCGCCAACUUCAAGGAAGAGGAUAUUGAGAAGAAGCUCCCCGCUACUUUCCGCAAUGGCCUCCAGGAGCGCAGCGCUGCUCUCUUUAUUGUUGACCCUGCUGCCUCACCUGCCAUUGACGCCGAUGCCGCCGCCACCAAGACUCUUCUCGAGGUUGCCUUCCUCAAGGCUGCUCGCCCUGAGCUCUCCGUUGCCGAUAUCACCAAGCUCGGUCUUACUGCUUCUGGUGCCCUCUCUCUCCAGGAGACCUUUGAUGCUCUCGAGCAGACUGUCCGCAAGCUGGAAGUCCCCGCUGCCUGGGCCGAGGCCGAGAUUGAUGCUGCUGCCCCUGCUCUCCUCACCACUCUCCAGCCCAACAGCUUCGUUUCCUUUGACAAGGAAGAGGUUGAGGCUUCUUUCGAGCUCAGCGACUGGCAGGAGGCUGCCAAGGGUCUCGUCUUCAAGGAGGCUUAUGAGACUCGCAGCGCCCUGCGCCCCGAUCUCGCCGUCAAGACCACCACCAUCACUGUCAAGGAGAACCGCCGCCUGACUCCCCUCGACUACGACCGCAACAUCUUCCACAUUGAGUUUGACCUCGGCACCACCGGCCUCACCUACAAAAUUGGUGAGGCCCUCGGUAUCCACGCUGAGAACGACGAGGAGGAGGUCAAGGCCUUCAUCGAGCUCUACGGCCUCAACCCUGCCGAGCUUGUCCAGGUUGCUGCUCGCGACAACGCCGAUGCCACCGAGGUCCGCACCGUCCACCAGGCCCUCAUCCAGAACGUCGAUAUCCUGGGCAAGCCCCCCAAGCGCUUCUACGAAACCUUGGCCGAGUUUGCCACCGACGACGCUGAGAAGAAGAAGCUUGAGGCUCUCGGCAGCGCUGCCGGUGCUGAAGAGUUCAAGCGCCGCUCGGAAGUCGACAUGCUCACUUAUGUCGACAUUCUGGAAGAGUUCAAGUCUGCUCGUCCCAGCUUCCAGGACCUCGUCAAGAUUGUCAGCCCUCUGAAGCGCCGUGAGUACUCGAUUGCCUCUGCCCAGGCCGUGACUCCCGACUCUGUCGCCCUCAUGAUUGUCGUUGUCGACUGGGUCGACACGCGCGGCCGCACCAGACUCGGUCAUGCUACUCGCUACCUCAGCGGUCUUCGCCCUGGUGCCAAGGUGACUGUCUCUGUUAAACCUUCCGUCAUGAAGCUGCCUGUCAAGGACACCGCACCUCUCAUCAUGGCUGGUCUGGGUACUGGUCUGGCUCCCUUCCGCGCCUUUGUCCAGUACCGUGCCAUGCAAAAGGCCCAGGGCAAGGAGAUUGGCUCUAUCCUGCUGUACCUUGGUUCUCGUCACCAGCGCGAGGAGUACCUGUACGGUGAGGAGUGGGAGGCAUACCUUGCCGCCGGUGUCGUUACGCUCAUUGGCAGUGCCUUCUCGCGAGACCAGCCUCAGAAGAUUUACAUUCAGGACAGAAUGCGCCAGACUCUGGACAGCAUUGUGCAGUCUUACAUCAAGGACGAAGGCAGCUUCUACCUCUGCGGUCCUACAUGGCCCGUCCCUGAUGUCACUGCUGUGCUCCAGGAGGCUAUUGCCGUAGACGCAAAGGCCAAGGGCAAGAAGGUCGACCCUAAGAAGGAGAUUGAGAAGCUCAAGGAGGAGGGCCGCUACGUGCUGGAGGUGUACUAA